UUUACCUUUACCUUAUAUGUAUAAAAAAGAGCCUGGAUAAGAUGCAUCUCCCUGGUCCUCGGAUGCGCUGAGAAAAAUCUGCCAACUACCUUGGAGCAGGAGAUGGGCAAAGGUGCCUGGUGGAACCUGACUCCAGGAACGCCACACCUGAGCUGGGGAAAGACUGAGAGGCUUAUGUGGAGCUGCUGGUUGAAGUCUCAGUGCCUAGCCAAGAUACCCAGGAGGAGGGAAAAGGAGAAAGGCGAAGAGCACCAGAGGUGAAAUCUGCUGUAGCCAUGAGAUCAAUCCGAUCGUUUGCUAACGAUGACCGGCAUGUGAUGAUGAAGCAUUCAACGAUUUAUCCGUCUCCGGAAGAACUCGAAGCCGUCCAGAACAUGGUUUCCACCGUCGAAUGUGCUCUUAAGCAGGUCUCCGAUUGGAUGGACGAGACAAGCAAGUCUUCUCGGGUGGAGGGUAGCUUGGAGGACAAAGAGGAAACGGCGGAGGGCCGGAGUAGCAAGGAGCAAGGUGGCCGGAUCUUGUGCGGCGUGAUGAGGAUUGGUUUGGUGGCCAAAGGCUUGUUGAUAAAGGACGACAUGGACCUGGAACUGGUCCUGAUGUGCAAAGAAAAGCCCACAGAGACCCUCUUAUCCCUCGUCAAAGACAAUCUACCUGUCCAAAUCCAGAAACUCACCGAAGAGAAGUACCACAUAGAACACCAUCCCAGCGAAGCGGCCAUCGUCAUCCGUAGCACAACGGGGCUUCCGCUAACCCUCAAGGUGACCCUCACAUCUCCACUAAUCCGGGAUGAAGCCGAGAAGAAAGAUGGAGACAAUGUCCCGGUGGUGAAAGACCCUUCGGAUUUGCUCAGCAGGCAAAAGUGCCUCGAAGCUUUGGCGUCUCUGCGACACGCCAAAUGGUUCCAGGCCAGAGCGAACGGGCUAAAAUCGUGUGUGAUUGUGCUGCGAAUCCUGAGAGAUUUAUGCAACCGAAUUCCUUCCUGGGCGCCUUUGAAAGGUUGGCCCCUGGAGCUGCUGUGCGAGAAAGCCAUCGGCACCUGCAACAGGCCAUUAGGUGCAGGGGAAGCGCUUCGGCGGGUCUUGGAGUGUUUGGCCUCAGGCAUCCUGUUGCCAGGUGGGCCCGGCGUGCAUGACCCCUGCGAACGAGAGCCAACGGAUGCCUUGUCUAGCGUGACUGUUCCACAAAGGGAAGCCAUAACCCAUAGUGCCCAGCAUGCCCUGAGACUGUCGGCUUUUGGCCAAAUCUACAAGGUGCUGGAGAUGGAUCCUCUCCCUUCCAAUAAGUCGUUCCAGAAAUAUUCAUGGUCGGGGGUCGACAAAGAAGGCGCAGGUUCCUCUGCCCUGAAGAGGCCUUUCGAAGACGGGUUGGGGGACGAGAAAGACCCCAGUAAGAAAAUGAAGAGGAAUUUGAGGAAAAUCCUUGAUAGCAAAGCAAUAGACCUCAUGAAUGCCUUGAUGCGCCUGAAUCAGAUCCGGCCCGGCUUGCAAUACAAGCUGCUCUCUCAAUCGGGGCCCGUCCAUGCUCCGGUCUUCACCAUGUCGGUCGACGUGGACGGGACGACCUACGAAGCCUCAGGACCUUCCAAGAAGACGGCCAAACUUCACGUGGCGGUGAAGGUGUUGCAAGCGAUGGGCUACCCCACCGGCUUCGACGCAGACAUGGACUGUACGAGCUCCGAUGAGAAGUCGGACACGGAAGGCAAAAACGAGACUCUCUCUUCAACCACGAGCAAUAAUAAUGGAAAUUCCACAGUUGAUACCUCUGCAACCUUAGAGGUCCGAACUCAGGGUCCCAUCCUCACAGCCAGUGGCAAGAAUCCAGUGAUGGAGCUCAACGAGAAGCGGCGAGGCCUGAAAUACGAGCUUAUCUCCGAGACGGGGGGAAGCCAUGACAAGCGGUUUGUGAUGGAGGUAGAAGUCGACGGGCAGAGGUUCCGAGGAGCUGGCCCCAACAAAAAAGUAGCCAAGGCCAGUGCUGCCUUGGCGGCUCUCGAGAAACUCUUUUCGGGCCCCAACGCGGCUGCCAAUAAGAAGAAAAAGAUUCUCCCACAGACCAAAGGAGGGAUCGUAAACACAGCCAUGUCUGCGGCGGCGCGAGGAAGAGGACGAGGGUCUCCCAUGCGGGGGGCGUUUGUCGGGGCAGCAGCGGCUACCAGUUACCUGGCACCAGGGUAUGCGACACCGUAUGGAUACAACGCGGCAGCUGCCGCUGCACCGGCUUACGGUCUGCCCAAGAGAAUGCUCCUGUUGCCAGUUAUGAAAUUCCCAACUUUUCCAAUGCCCCAUUAUUCGUUCUUUUAGCCUUCGGCUGAGACCGACCCUCUCUUGACCGGCUUCCAUAAACCCAAGACAGGAUGUUAAAAGGAAAUGAGAAACAGGACACUCAGCUAGCCUGCCUGCCUACCUACCUUUUAAUCCUGGUUUUCCUUGGAAACGCGACACACUUGAGCAAAAACCAUUUGUAAAAAAGAUCCAUCUUUUUUUCCACUUUUUUUUUUAAAUUUUUUAUUUUAUUUAAAAAAAAAACGCAAACUUAGUUCUCUCUUAAAAACUUGAAGAAAAGAAAAAAAAUAACCCAACAUACAUGAAACUAUGGUCUGUGAAAAUGGUUACCUCAUUUUUUUUCUUCUCCCCUUCACCUCCAAAAUAACUUAUAUUAUAUCAACCUUCUGUGAUAGGGAAGAAACUUAGAUGCUUUGUUUUUAACUGAACGGAAUCCGAAUUAUGUAAAACCUUAAAACUUGUGAAGGAUGUAUAGACUAUAAAAAAAAAAAAGCUGAUCACAAAAUAAAACCAGUUUUUGUUGUAAUAAGAGAGUUUUUUUAAAAAAUUUUUUGCCUGUUUCCUAAUACCAAGCCCUGGGCCCAAAUUUUAUAAUUUUAGGAUUAUGUUGAUGCAGUGUGUUUUGUUUUGGGAUUCUUUUUGUGGUGUGUGGUUUGUUUUUUUUAAAGAAACUGACGUGCCAAUAAAUUACCGUAUUUUUGGGGGUAUAAGAUAAACUCCCC